CAUUAUCUGCUUUUGGUACCUUGGGAUCAUUAAUUUGGAGUGGUUCUCGUGUCAUUGUCACUGCUGGUUAUAGAAGUUAUUUUCCGGUGUUUUCUGACAAACUUCAAAAAAUUAGUAAACGUGAAACUCCCAUGAAUGCUUUAUUAUUCCAAUUUAUUUUGGGCGCAAUUGUGAUAAUAUUAAUAGGUGGUGCCCAUCGCAAUUCAUUUCAGGUUUUGUAUUCAAUGGCGCAAUAUGCUUCAUGGUUUUUCUAUGGUCUUAUAGGUAUAGGAUUAAUUCGCAUUCGAUAUUGUAUAAAUAACGAAAGUGGAUUUUGGUGGUGGAUCAUAAUUUUCAUAUACAUCGCCUGUUCUCUGUACAUCACUGUAGUUUCAUUCGUGGGGACUAGUGAUUUAAAUAAUGAUUGUUCCAUUCCAAGAGUCGGCUAUUAUUUACCAAAUGGGAUUAGCCUUGGAUUUUUAGUUAUUGGAGCUAGGACUCGGUGA